UUCAUAGAGGGGCCAUUUGAAGAGUAUUUAAAAUGUUUGGAAAAUCCACAGGAAUGGGUUGGACAAGUAGAAAUAAGUGCCCUUUCUCUUAUGUACAAGAAAGAUUUCAUAAUAUACCGGGAACCAAAUGCUUCUCCUUCACAUGUAACUGAAAAUGGCUUUUCCGAUAAGGUGUUGCUGUGCUUCUCAAAUGGAAACCACUAUGAUAUUGUUUAUCCCAUAGAGUAUUCAGAAAAGGCUGCUCUGUGCCAGUCUCUGCUGUAUGAAUUGCUUUAUGAGAAAGUGUUUGAUACAGAUGUAAAGAAAAUCAUAGCAGAACUUAGUGCUGUUGGUGUGACAGAGGAAAGUAACGGUAGCAGCGGAGUAUCAGCUUCAGAUUCAGAAGAUGACAACUACAGAAGUAAAGCUACAACAGUUAGUGAUAUGAAUGGAUUGAAAUCUCUUUCUGGCAACAAGCACCUUAAGAGCAAUGGGAAUCCUACCUUGUUGGUCUUACCUAAAAAAGUUCUUAAAUCACUCAAUCCAUCAGUUUACAGAAAUGUUGAAUACGAUGUUUGGCUCCAAUCCAAAUGGGAUCAGCAAAAACAAGAUUUUUCUAUUGCUGCUGGCAUGCAAUACUCAGUUGGAGAUAAAUGUAAAGUGCGCUUAGACCAUAAUGGGAAAUUUUAUAAUGCCCAUAUUCAAGAAGUUUGUUCAGAGAAUGGGCCAGUUGUUGUAUUUGUAGAAGAGCUUGGAGCAAAGCAUGCUGUCUCACUGAAGAGCCUUAAACCUCUUCCACAGGCCUCUCCUAUGGAGGGCUGGAACACUGUGCCAGGGAAGAAGAUAAAAAAGUUUUUCCCAACAUGGGGGCAGAAUGCUCAGCCCGAUGCAGAUUGCAGAGGGCCAAAGAAUCAGAGCAAGUCAAUAAAACCCCAGUCAGCACUACCUCCUCGACUUCAGCAUACUGUGGGAACCAGGCAGCAUCCGUUCUUAUGUUCUGGACCCCAACCUCAUCAGACCUCAACUGAGCAAAAAGCUCCAGGCAGGAAUCCUUCCCAAACUGCAAGAAAACCAGACCGGGAGAGAACUGAGGAUCUGAACCAUGGCAGCAGAGAUUGUAACUACUUUGGGCUGUCUCCGGAGGAACGCAGGGAGAAACAGGCUAUAGAAGAAUCUCGUUCACUUUAUGAGAUCCAGCAGAGGGAUGAACAAGCUUUUCCUGCUCUUUCCAAUAAUCAGUCAGUCUGUCAGGCUGCUACACAGACUGUGGAUAAUUUAAACCAGAAAAAGUUCUCAAACAAUGAGAGAAGAAACAGCAAGUGGACAGCAGAAGUGGAAGAGCAGAAAGAUAAAGAGUCAAAUUCCAGGCAGACCCACUUAAGUCAGAAGCUUGAGCCAAAUUCAUCUGAGAAGAAUAGUCAAGAUGAGAGUUACACAAAAGCUUCGUCUCCUUUGGAACAAGUGAAAACAGAUUCUCCGAUUCUUGCUGAGCAAAACCUGACAGAAAGCUUACCAAGCAUCGCUCCAACACCCUCACCAGUCUUCUCUGAGGUGCAUUUACCUCCAGCAGUGCCUUCUGUACCAGCCAUUGUGCCAGCUUGGCCAAGUGAGCCAACAACCUAUGGACCAGCAGGUAUUCCAGCCCAAAUACCUGCUUCUUCAUUGAUGCCAGCCCCAGCAACGGGACCUGACUCUAUUGUAUCCCAGGCUCAGACUCUGAAUCCUUAUCAGGAUCCGCUAUACCCUGGAUUCCCUUUUAGUGAAAAGGGAGAAAGAGCCGUUGCACCCUCUUACUCCCUGUGCAAUACUGGGGAAGACUUACCUAAAGAUAAGAACAUUCUUAGAUUUUUCUUCAAUCUUGGUGUGAAGGCAUACAGCUGUCCCAUGUGGGCCCCCCAUUCUUACUUGUACCCCCUGCACCAGGCCUAUUUAGCUGCUUGUAGAAUGUACCCAAACGUGUCCCUUUCUGUGUAUCCACACAACCCCUGGUUCCAGGAGGCUCCACCGACUCAGAAUGAAAACGAAACUGCACGAACAAACAGGCACUUUCCUGUUCAGAGCGAGGCCAGAUCCAACGGUGGUCAAAUUGCCCCGGUUGACGGUAGGCCUCCUUCGCUGCCUCUGAUUGCACCUACAGCUCAGGUGUCCGAAAGUCAAGGACAGGUCUGUGUAGAAUCCGAGAAUCCAGUGCAAGCUCUUCAGGCCAACUACGAGGAGUCCUUGAGAGGGAAAAAUGUGUUCCCGCAGCCACCCUUCGGACACAACCCCUUUCUAGGAGCUGUUCCAAUAGCACCCCCUUUCUUUCCUCACUUCUGGUAUGGGUACCCAGUUCAGGGUUUCAUUGAAAAUUCAGUAGCAAGACCUAACGUUGUCAUGUCACCCGAGGACAAAGAGGCAGCAGCUAACACCUCUGCGAAUGUGUACGUGGCUAAAGCAUGCAGUCCUCCGGUAGUAAACUCUGGAGAACAGCUUCAGAAGACUAACAGCAGCGGCAGCUCCAACACCGUACCGUUCCUGGUGGCUGGUGCCAGCAGUGAGUGCAGUGCCCCAAAAGAAGCGUCAGCUAGGCCACCUCAGUUGGAGCAAACUUGUCCUUCGCCUUCUCCUGCUAAGCAAAAAACAGCCGGGCAGCAAAAUCGUUCUCCGCAAACACAGGGGGCUGAGAGGCAGGCAGCAGUGCCCAACACUCCGCUGCUGUUGGCAGAACCACAGAAAAACGAACUGAGAAACAGCAUUCCCAGCCGCAAGGAGAAGACUGAUAAAGGUAGAGAUUCCAAAGGUGCUGGUAAUCUGCAGGCAGAAAGCAGGGCGCAGAGAACGAAGGAGGAGAGCUCCGAAGACGAGAGUGACGUUUCCGAUAUGCUGAGAAGUGGUAGAUCCAAGCAGUUUUAUAACCAGACGUACGGAGGAGGCAGAAGGCCUAGAGUGGAGUGGGGUUAUUCCAGUCGGGGAGGAUACCAGUUCCAAAGAAACGAGGAAGCCUGGAAAGGACCGCCCGGCAGAAGCAGAGAUGAUGGCUACCAGUAUCAGCGGAACUUCAGAGGGAGGCCCUACAGGAAUGACAGGAGAAGGGCAAUGCUGGGAGAUAAUCAGAGGGGGCAUCAAGCGUAG